GCGAGCCCAAGAAAGUCAUCGUGUGACGGUGCCUGGCGUGCGGCGACGAGCUAGCGCAGCGCAGGGGGCUGCUGCGGCGCUGAAGGCGGGUGCGGCGGCCGGUGGGUGGUGCUGGUCGGCGGAAGAGGACACUCGUGACCUUCCAGGACACCAGGUCGGCGAAGAAGGACCGGACAGGCUCUCCGGUCACGCCCUGCGCCAAGGGUGACCAUGUCGCGCCAACACCGCCACGAGGGGCGCCACCAUCGGGACGACGUGGAGAACCGGUACCAGGAGGACGAGGAGGACGACCGGCGCUACCGACAUCGAGAUGACGAUCACCGGCAGCGGGCUAUGCACCGCGACUAUGACGAGCAGCGCAGCGAGACAGAGCGCGCGCCGUCGGACCGGGCCGUGAGCGAGUUCAUCCUGGACACGCCGCGCUACGACAUGCACGAGCAGGAGCGCUACGACACGGGCCGCGGCCACCACGGCCGGUCACGGGAGCGCAGCCACGACCGCCGCUACGACGACGACCGCGGCCACGACCGCCGCUACGACCCGGAGGAGCGCGAGGCCAGCGAGAUAUACGCCGAGGCGCAUCAGCCGCCCCCGGUCAGCGAGAUGAGCCACUACGCCCCAAGCCAGCGCACUUACCGCAGCGGGGUCUCAGACGGCACGAUGAAGACGAAGACGUCCCGCCACGGCAACCUGAUGAUGGAGACCAUGGCAGCUCCUCACCCGUGCUGCCCCAACACGAAAGGCGUCUGCUGCCUCAUGCUGCUGCUGAACUUGGCCAUUCUGCUGAUCGCGCUAGGUUUUGUCAUCAUCCUCCAGCUCUUCAAUCCGCCGUUUGUAUGGUUCAUCGGCCUGGCGCUGCUGAUUGGCGGCUUCUGCGCGCUCAUCUUCUGCCUGGUGUACUGCGUCUGGGUGUGCAAGGACGCGCAACGCGCCAACGAUCAGGGCGAGCUGUACUGGACCCACCACUGGCAGAAGCAGUGGGGCUACCAGCCUUCCGAGAAGCCAUCCGAGCCGUACCGGGAGCCCGAGCGGUACUGAGGCGGCGCACAGCGACACGCAGCGGUACCGAGACGUCACCGGCCGCUAGCUGCUACUGCCGUCUCACCACUGGAGUCAAGGAACAGAGCAGACGUGAACGAAGACGACAGGAGACGACGGCAAGGAUUCCCGAGCAGCGACUGCGGCGGCUCUCCGUAGUGUAGUAACAUUCACGCAUGC